UGAUUCUCAAACUUUAUAGCGUAUCAACUACAAGGAUUGUCAAAACAGAGGCUGCUAAGCCCUGACCCCAGAAUUUGUUUUAUAGGUGUGGAGUGGGACCCCUGAAUUUGCUUUUCUAACAACUUUUAAGGGGGAUGCUGCUGCUGCUGGCCUGGGGAUCCCACUUUGAGAACCACCACAUUAUUAAGGGGACAGGACACUGAUUGCUUAUGACAGCUGAGAGGCAAGACAAAGGAGAAUCUCUUUUUUUUUUUUUUUUUUGAGAUGGAGUCUUGCUUUGUCACCCAGGCUGGAAUACAGUGGUGCGAUCUCGGCUCACUGCGACCUUUGCCUCCGGGGUCAAGCGAUUCUCCUGCUCCAGCUCCCUGAGUAGCUGGGAUUACAGGUGCGUGCCACCACGCCCAGCUAAUUUUUGUAUUUUUAGUGGAGGCGGGGCUUCACCAUGUUGGUCAGGCUGGUCUUGAACUCCUGACCUCGUGAUCUGUCCACCUCGGCCUCCCAAAGUGCUGUGAUCACAGGUGUGAGCCACCGCGACCAGGAUGAUCUUUCUAAGCAGUGUGUCUGUGCUUCAGGACACACAAGGGCCAGUUAGGGCAGCCAGGGCCAUGACCCUUUUGGCUGCUGUUGGGAGGGGAGGGGUGACACUUGCUCCUGGGUGCUCCCUUAUCUCCACAUACGCUAUAUCAGCGGGGUGGGGACAGCCUGAGGCUGGCCAGAGCUUUCUUGGGGGCCCUUCUCCCAUCUUCCUUCUGCCACCUCAGGCCUCCUCAACACAGGAGGCCAGACAGAGGGGCAAGUUUGCCUCAUUCUGGCCUCCUGGUCCCAGGGAUAUGAAACACUUCUUCUUCCCUAAGUGUCCUAUCCAUCCCAGUCUAGUUAUGCUUCCUCUCCUCAAGGUAACAAGAUUUCUCUGACAAGAAACUUCUCUCUAGCCACUUGAGCCCAACUCCUCUUCUCAGGAGAUGGGAUUCAGGACUCUCAAGUGUGGGAGGAGUACAUCAGCAACACUGGGAACAUUUCCUGAUCACGGAUUCAAUUCUGAAACGACCAAGGCAGUGAGUCUAGAGUGAGGCCAGGUAUCCCCCAGUGAUCCAAAAAGCACUCUGGAUGCAGCUUUCCUGAGAGCUGACAGGUCUGGAAUACCUCUGCCAGCCUGACAGCCAGCUGGAUCCUAGAUUCCUGGUAUCCAUUCACUUCCAUCUGGUUUUCUAAUCCUGCUGUGGUCAGCAGAAUACCACCCCCCAAAGAUAUACAUGUCCUAAUCCCCGGAACCUCUGAAUAUGUUAGGUUACAUGACAAAAGGGAAUAAAAUUGCAAAUGGAAUUAAGGUUGCUAAUCAGCUGGCCUUAAAGAUUCUCCUCAAUUAGCUGGGUGAGGCCAGUGUUAACCAUGAGGGUCCUUAAAAGUGGAAGAGGGCUGCGGAGGAGAGAGAACCAUACAGAGGGCAGCAAUGGACGGACUCUGGCUGAGGUUGCUACUUUGAAGUUGGAAGAAGGGGCUGCGAGUCAAGGAUGCAGGCAGCCUCUGGAAGUUGGAAAAGGCAAGAAAAGAUUCUCCCCUGGAACCUCCAGAAGGAAUGCAGCACUGUCGACACCUUGAUUUUAGCCCAGUGAGACCCACUUCAGACUUCUUACAAAACUGUAAGCCCCAAACUACAGCUGCCCAAUAUAGAGAAGGGCUAGCUCAAAGACAUUUGUGAGUGUGGCUUCUCCGAUGGAGCCAAUCCCAUUAAGAUUCAUAUGAAGACCCACAAAAUUAAGAAACUUACACUGGCAAAAAUGCCACCAGCUGUGAUUGAAAGGGAAAGAGACAAGACAAAAUGAAAAGGGGCCUUAGAAUCCCCAAACUCACUUAUUUCCUGGGUAACCCAGUCCCCUCCCCUUAACGACAAAAUGCCUAUAAAAAGGAGCUGAUCGUCGAAAAGUUGCUUAAGAAGUGAUUUCCAACGGGCUCGAGGGAAAGUCCAUUGAAACAUCCCCAGCCUGCAGCAGGGAAGCCCUUAAGGAACACAGGAUUCAGGAACCUCCUCCCGCAGAAGUGCUGAUCAAACACUGCCCCUGAAAUGACUGAAGCAGUUCCCGCCGGCCGAUAGGUUUUUAUACUUUGAGGGUCCCAGGCCACCCACUCACGGCUGUCCUGUUCAGACUGAGGGACUUCUGCUUUCCUUUAGUCUUCCCAAACUUUUAGUACGGCUCAAGAGGACCUUGAGAGUGGCUGGUGAUUGCCCUGAGUGGAAGGCCAGGGGGGGACAGGCGUACCGUGCGCAGGGAGCCGCGGAGAGGAAACCAAGCGCCUAGCGCCAGCGAAGAUCGGCGCCCCUGUAAGCCCAGCAUUCCCAGGAUCCUUCGCGGCUAAGUCACUUCUUUUCCCCGAGGCUCCAUUUCGUUGGAUUCUGGUGGACUUUAAAGACGUGUGCAACAAAAAAGCACGAUGGAUAAUAGAUUCCGGGAGCAAGCACAGGCGGAAGCCUCUCUGGGAAGUACAAUCCCUGAGCGUGUGUGUAUCAUAAACCUGGCUGCAGGAAUGAAAAAGACUUUGGCCAGAAACAGAGCCCCGCGGCGACUUCUGGGAAAUGGAGUCCGGUGUGGCCGCCGCGGGGCAUGUGCGCAUGACCGGAAGUGGCGCCAAUCAGGCGCGUCCCUCUGGCGCUGGAGCCAGGACCUGGCGUUGGGCAGUACUUGGACAGCGGUUCUUGAGCUCUCGCGGUUGCCGGUAGAUUGUUGCCAGUUGCCAGUUGCCAGUCGUUUUUCGGAAAGCUGGCAGCGGCUUUUUCACCGGGUUCUGCUUGAGGCCGAGCCAAAGAGUGGCUGUGACUCGGGAGACGGAGUGGAACACCCGGCUGGGCAGGCCCGGACAGCUCCCGCGACCCAGCACCGCAGGAUCAGACCGUGCCUCUGCGGGGAGAGGCUGGAGAGGAAGAGUCCGGCCUGGGAGCCGUCAGAGCAGCCCUGCAGAACGGGGUGGGGGCUGCUGUAGAUAGACCCUUACGCCCAGAGAACUGCUGGGAGGCUUUGGCGCGAGGCGGGACUCAAAUGCUGGAGGAAGGAGGUGAGGAGUGGUAGAGGGAGCGACUGUCAAGAGAUCGGCUGCUGCUUCGUUUGCCCACGACUGCCGCUGUGUGAGCCGAAUCAGAACUCUCUUUAUCUCUCCUACAGAUGAGAAAAAUGAGACUUAGAGAGGUUACGUGAUUUGCACACUGCUGCUGAGUGGUGGAUCAUGGAUACUUGAGAGUCUAUGAACACUCUAAUGCCUCCCUACAUCUGAUGCUGCCUUCCCCAGACCCUGCCCUUCCCCAAGAGGAAAACACAGGAGAGGAAGGAAUGGCUGCUGGUCUCCUCACAGCUGGGCCCCGGGGAUCCACAUUCUUCAGCAGUGUGACGGUAGCUUUUGCACAGGAAGGGUGGAGGUGCCUCGUGUCUACUCCACGGGACAGGUUCAAGGAGGGGAUACCAGGAAAGUCCAGGAGCCUUGUCUUACUAGGACUUCCAGUUUCCCAGCCUGGCAUGAACUCCCAGUUGGAACAAAGGGAAGGCGCAUGGAUGCUGGAGGGCGAAGACCUGCGAAGUCCCUCUCCAGGCUGGAAGAUUAUAUCUGGAUCACCACCUGAGCGAGCCCUUUCUGAAGCUUCAUUCCAAGACCCAUGUGUGGAGAUGCCCCCUGGGGAUUCAGACCACGGGACCAGUGACCUUGAGAAGAGCUUCAAUCUGAGACCAGUCCUCUCUCCACAACAGAGAGUGCCCAUGGAAGCGAGACCUCACAAAUGUGAGACACACACCAAGAGCUUCAAGAACUCGGAAAUCCUGAAACCUCACAGAGCAAAACCAUAUGCAUGUAAUGAAUGUGGCAAAGCCUUCAGUUACUGUUCUUCCCUUUCUCAGCAUCAGAAGAGCCACACUGGAGAGAAGCCCUAUGAGUGCAGUGAAUGUGGGAAGGCCUUCAGCCAGAGCUCAUCUCUCAUUCAGCACCAGAGGAUUCACACUGGAGAGAAACCUUACAAGUGCAGUGAAUGUGGAAGAGCCUUCAGCCAGAACGCCAACCUCACCAAACACCAGCGAACCCACACCGGAGAGAAGCCCUACAGAUGCAGCGACUGUGAGAAAGCCUUCAGUGACUGCUCAGCUCUUGUUCAGCAUCAGAGAAUUCAUACCGGAGAGAAGCCCUACGAAUGCAGCGACUGUGGGAAGGCCUUCCGUCACAGUGCAAACCUCACAAACCAUCAGAGGACUCACACCGGGGAGAAGCCCUACAAGUGCAGCGAGUGUGGGAAGGCCUUCAGUUACUGCGCAGCGUUCAUUCAGCACCAGAGGAUUCACACCGGGGAGAAGCCCUACAGAUGUGCCGCAUGUGGGAAGGCCUUCAGCCAGAGUGCAAACCUCACAAACCAUCAGAGGACUCACACUGGGGAGAAACCCUACAAGUGCAGCGAGUGUGGGAAGGCCUUCAGCCAGAGCACCAAUCUCAUAAUCCACCAAAAGACCCACACCGGGGAGAAGCCAUAUAAAUGUAAUGAAUGUGGGAAAUUCUUCAGUGAGAGCUCAGCCCUCAUUCGGCAUCACAUAAUCCACACCGGAGAAAAACCUUAUGAGUGUAAUGAGUGUGGUAAAGCGUUUAACCAGAGCUCAUCCCUUAGUCAGCAUCAGAGAAUCCACACAGGCGUGAAACCCUACGAAUGCAGCGAGUGUGGGAAGGCCUUCCGGUGCAGCUCUGCCUUCAUUAGACAUCAGAGACUCCACGCCGGAGAGUAACUAGGAACAUGGUAGAAGUGGAGAGAGUCCCGGACAUGCCGACUCAGGACAGAUGGGUGAGGAUCUGAGAAAUGCUAAAGGCUUGAAAGCAUCUGAAGACAUCUAACUUAGAGUCUGCAGCCCAGAGCCACAUGCAAAACACCUUCAAUAAACAGCCACUAUUUCACAUGC